AUGACGCGGAUAAUUCUAUCAACGGGUAACAUCGUCUCCGGUGGCCCGUCCAUCAUACGGAAACCCGGCACGUACCGAUCCAACCUCGAGUUCACCAAUUCGCUCCGCAGCAACUUCCUGGCCGCGCAACAAGACUACGCCGCGGCCCUUCAAAACGGCAAUGGCGAGACCAACGGGUCGGGUCGGCCGGCGACAGAUGUCUGGACAGCGAAGGAAGACUCCGCCUUAUACAUACCGCGCAUCGACUGGGCUUCGGCGGGGCUGCAAGAGGAGCGCGCGCAAUACGAAAUCACCGUGAAACUAUUCUUCCUGCCCACAGCACCGCCAGAGAAGCGCUCCGAAUACAUCAACGAGGCCUUGCGACUGGUUACGAAAGAGCUCCGCCUAGAAACCGUCGAUCUCCUAAUAACCUCGUUUCCCGGCGUGUCAUUCGAGGGCGACUGCGAAUGGGAGGCCGACAAGAUAAACGCGACGAUGGGCAAUGAAGAGGAGGAGGUCAACACGUGGUCUGCGCUGGAGGCCCUGCACGAGCAGGGCAAGGUCAGUCGGCUGGGCAUCGCCGAGUUCGGCAGCGACAAGCUCCAGCGGUUCAUAGGAAAGGUCAAAGUCCGGCCGGCGGUCGACCAGAUCAACAUCAAGAACUGUUGCAACGUCCCUCCGCCGCUCGCGCUGCUUGCGAAAGACGAGAAUAUCGAGCUGCUGACGCACGGCGACUGCACGGACAUACUCCCCAGUGGCACCCUCCGAGAACUCCUAGGUCAAGGUCUGCAAGGCGCGGGCGUCUUGGCCGACGGUGAGGAUAAUGCUAAGGGCCUCAGGGGUGACCUGAAGCCCGAGUGGGUUGUCAAGUAUACGGCGUUCGUCAAGGACAGAGGUGUAAUCGAGAACAAAGGCUACUUCGCGGGAGCUGAGCUGGUGGAAGAAGCAUGA